CUACCUCUCUCUUUAAUCUUUAUAACACACGCACAGAGAAAAGCCAAACCGCGUUUUCCUCAGCAAAAUCACCUCCACCUCCAGGAGCCAAGAACUGUCAACGCCCUUCUUGAAUUUAGGUUUUUGUUUGACCAUCUCGACAACUCUCAUCUUCUUUUUCACUUCCAUUUUCUUUACUAUCAGCAAAAUGCAAAAUCAGUGAACAUCAAGCAUUUCAGUUCUUUAGCUUUCAAGAAUCCGCCGUUUCUUGUUCAAGAAAAAAAGACAGUCUUAAAAGAUGGUCGGUUUCCGACUUAAAACUACCGUUUCAUUUCUCCUUGUUUGUUUAGUAUUUCCACAGUUUUGUCUCGGGAUUCGUUCUAUUCAGAGCAGAGGCAUUAACGGCGGAGAUUUGUGGGGGUUUGAUCGAUUCGCUGAGGCGCCGGACUACCGUAACGGGAGAGACUGCCAGUUCCCAGCGAGUGAGAAGGAGUUCGGAUUGAAGCCCUCAUCGUGUGACGCCACUUUAGUUCACAUCGCAAUGACUCUAGAUUCCGAGUAUAUACGUGGCUCCAUCGCAGCUGUCCAUUCUGUUAUCAAACACGCUUCUUGUCCAGGAAACAUAUUCUUCCAUUUCAUAUCUGCUGAGUUCGACCCGGCGACUCCCCGAGUCUUGACUCGACUCGUCCGAUCCACGUUCCCUUCUCUCAAGUUCAAAGUGUACAUCUUCCGCGAAGAUACGGUGAUAAAUCUGAUAUCAUCUUCAAUUCGUGAAGCUUUAGAAAACCCACUGAACUACGCAAGAAACUACCUUGGUGACAUCCUGGACACCUGCGUCGACCGAGUCAUUUACCUUGACUCAGACCUCGUACUGGUCGACGACAUUCACAAACUCUGGAACAUAACCUUAACUGGGUCAAAAAUAAUCGGCGCACCGGAAUAUUGUCACGCGAAUUUCACUAAAUACUUCACCGACGAUUUCUGGUUUGACCCGGAGUUGUCACGUGUGUUCGAGUCGAGAAAGCCUUGCUAUUUCAACACGGGUGUGAUGGUGAUGGAUUUAGUGAAGUGGCGAGAAGGAAAUUACAGGAGAAGAAUAGAGCACUGGAUGGAAAUACAGAGGAAAAAGAGGAUUUAUGAGCUGGGUUCUCUGCCUCCAUUUUUACUGGUAUUUGGUGGUAAUUUAGAGGCUAUUGAUCACCGCUGGAACCAGCACGGACUUGGCGGUGAUAAUGUCAAGGACAGCUGUCGGUCAUUGCAUCCCGGUUCUGUUAGCUUGUUACAUUGGAGCGGAAAGGGUAAGCCUUGGGUUAGACUUGACGCGCGAAAGCCAUGCCCUCUUGAUCAUCUAUGGGAACCGUAUGAUCUUUACAAGCGUAAUAAUAUAGUGGCCAAAGAUCAGCCUUCUUUGGUGUUUUCUUCUUCUAGUUAGUCGAUUUUCAAGCUAUUAAUGAUUCUUUUUUCAUUACGCCCCCUCGUUGUCAUUGUUUAACCAUUCUUUGAUAUAUGUGUACAGAUUGAUGGGGAUUGGGGGCCUUUCUUUUUUUUUUUUCUAAUAAUUUGGGGUUCCUUUGGUUGGAACAAUUUUGAUGAAUUGAUUUCAUUGUGUGUAUUAAUUGCAUUAUCUGGGGAAAUAGGGAGAAGGACUAUUUCUCACCCAACUUUA